AUGUCUGAACAAAACCCCUCACUCCCAAAUAACACCGUGCCGGCCCCAACCCAAGCCAAAACAUUAAACACUACCUCACACAGCUCCCAACAGCCACAAACUUCUGAGAAUUCGGCGAAAUCUUUAUGGAUUGGGGAUUUGGAGCCAUGGAUGGUGACAAGUUUGUCUUUGCAAUCGUUUAAUGGCUUAAAAAUGCCAAAGUCUAAGAAGCUUUUUAAGCUCAAUUGGGCAUCUUCUAAGCCCCGUGAAAAAAAGCCAGUCCCUAAGCCAGUAGAGCAGAAAAGUAUGGGAAAGAACACAUCAAAAGUGUCCUCCUCUUGGGCGGACAAGGUUAGAGUGACAAAGGUCGGGUCCCAUUUCACCCUUGCAGCUGUUGACCUUGAUAUUAAGGAUGACAUCUUACAUAUACUAGAUGAUGUUAUUGAUGACAAUGAUGUUGAAUGGCUUCGCUGUAUUGUGGGUUGUUUCCUGGGGUAUUCUAUGCCAUUUCAUGCUGUCCGUUCAAUUGCUUUCCAUGCAUGGGAAGCUACGGGGUUGGAAGAUGUUAUGUCCACAGGUACUGGUUUCUACAUUUUCAGAUUUAGGGACAAGGAUGCGGUGCAUUCAAUCCUUGAGAGAGGGUCAUGGAUGUUUAGGGGUAAGUCUAUUAUUCUGCAACAAUGGCAUGCUCAGUUUACUUUUGAUAAAGGCCGCAUCUCUAAGGUUCUGGUAUGGGCUCGUUUGAAUGGUUUGCCUUAUCCUUUGUGGUCCCACAAAGGACUCUGCAUAGUUUCCUCUAUGUUAGGUCGACUGUUAUCUAGUGAUAAGACAACAUCAGAGCGGACCCGUUUGGAUUAUGGUCGGGUAUGUGUUGAGCUAGAUGCAGCAAAGCCUCUAAGAUGUCAUAUUGAAUUUCAGUGCCGGAUAUCUGUGGAGGCUAUUCAGAUUAUAGUGGAAUAUGAGUGGACCCCCAAGAGGUGCCCUAAGUGCUAUGUUUUUGGUCAUGUUUGUCACCAACCAGAGGUACCUACUGCAGCUAUAGCUCAAGGUAAGAAUAAGAUAGUCACUAGUUUCCAGAAGGCACCAGGGAAAGCAGUGCAAUCUAAAAACUACGAGCCUUUGAGGCAGCCAGCCACUAUUGAUCCCAUUAGGGAGAGGGAGCGGGGGAUGGAGAGGGAUGUUUUAGUGCCAUCUACAAUUUCAGUUCCAAGUACAGUUAGAGUUGGGGAUGCUUCUUUGGCUUUAGUCCCGUAUCAGCAGACUGUUCGUGCUAGCAGAGGUGAAUUUUUCGGCUUUGAAUCGGGGUCGGAACCUGAUUCCCCUUUUCCUAUUAAGGAUGAGCAAGAUCGUAUUAUAGGAUUUAAAAAUUGCAUAGAAAACACUCAAUCCUUUAUGAGUUCUGGGAGUAGGCAAUCUACCUCUUCCAACAGGUUUGCCUCGCUUGUUCUGUAUAGUGACGAUCUCCAGACACUAGAUGCCACCUUAUCUGGAUCAGUUUCCUUGCCACGCCUGGCAAAGGGGAUAGGGAGUUGGAAUAUUAAAGGCCUUAACAGCUUCUCGAAACAACGCGCUGUGCGGAAUUGGAUUUCUGACACAUCUUUGGGAUUGAUUGGUUUGUUGGAGACUAAGGUUGAGCGGUCUCAUUUACAAUUAGUGGUCUCAUCUGUUUGUCCUUCGUGGCAGUUUUUAUCGAAUGUGAUAGAUUCUAUUGCUUGCCGUGUUCUGGAGAUUACUUACACGGUUACUCAUGUUUCUGAGGGGUUCUCAUUUGGGAUUACUUUUGUGUAUGGUUCUAAUGACCCUGGGAAUUGCCAUGAUUUGUGGGAUUUCCUUAGGGAUCAGUCGGUAGUGUUUGGUUUAGAGGGGCUCCCGUGGCUUGUGUUGGGUGAUUUUAAUGCCAUCUUGGGAGCCUCUGACAGAGUGGGUGGUGAUCCUACGUGGUAUGGUUAUAUGGAUGAUUUUGGCCAAUGUAUCCAUGAUGCUGAGUUGAUUGGGGUUCCUUUUAGUUGGCUUCGGUAUACUUGGCAUAACGGUCAACAGGGCGAUGGGAUUAUUUUACUAAAGCGCGAUUGGGUCUUUGCAUCACUUUCUUGGUUCCUUGAUCGAUCAAGCACAGUUUCAGAGUUUUCACCUCGAGAUGUUUUAGAUCAUAGCUCUAUUGUCGUUUGGUUUGGUCCCCGCUGUGGCAAGGUACCAUCCCUUUUUAAAUUUUUAAAUUUUUGGGCUGAUAAUGUAAAUUUUAGGGAUAUUGUUCCGGUAGUUUGGGACGAGCCUAUUGUAGGCAAUCCUAUAUUCCGUCUUACGCAGAAAUUGGGGUUAGCCAAACGGAAGCUAAAAGCUUUACAUAUUAGGGUUUCUAGUCAUAUCUCUAGUAGGGUAAUUGAGGCUCGAGUUUGGUGGGCAACAGCCCAAGGAAAUUUGGAUCAAGACCCCUUUUCUAUUGAGUGUAUCUCUGAGGAGAGGAACCUUGCCAACCAGUAUUUUAGUCUUUGUCGAGAUGAGGAGGCUUUCUUUCAGCAGCGGUCUCAUGUUCAGUGGCUACACUUAAGGGAUUGGAACACUAGGUUCUUUCAUAAGUCGCUGAUCUAUAGGCAGGAUCUUCUUACUGCCUCUAGUCAACCUCAGAUUGCAGAGGCUUCCAGGCCUUUUUCUGGCUGCAUUUCUUCGAAUAUGAUUUCUCCAUUGACUGCUCCUAUCACUAAUGAUGAGGUUAGGAUUGCUUUAUUCUCUAUCCCUGAUGAUAAAGCCUUGGGCCCGGAUGGAUUCACAUCUUUGUUUUUUAAGUGGGCAUGGGAUAUUAUUGGUACAGAUUUUAGAGAUGCAGUGAAACAUUUUUUUGCUACUAAUGAAAUGCUAAGAUGUGUUAAUGCCACUAGGAUUGCUUUGGUUCCUAAGGUGGAGAGCCCGAGUCGUAUGACGGGCUUUAGGCCGAUAUCUUGUUGUAAUGAGCUUUUGCGAAACUAUCAUCUUGGGGGUACUUCACCUCGAUGUGCCCUUAAAGUUAAUAUUUGGAAAGCUUUUGAUACUGGGGACCCUUUUUCUCCUUACCUUUUUGUGUUGGCUAUGGAGGAGUUAGCUGAUGAGUUGAUGGUGUUUUGUAGAGCAGAUGCUUCCUCUAUUAGCUUGAUCAAAUCGGUCUUGGAUUAUUUUGCGAAGGUUUUUGGGUUAGUGACUAAUACAGAAAAGAGCCAGUUGUUUCUUUUUGGAGUUACAGAUGAGGAGCAGAUUGGGCCUCUGUUGGAGCGAAUUCUUUCUCGGAUUAGGCUAUGGACGUCGGCAUCUUUGACCUAUAUAGGCCAACUACAGUUGAUAAAGUCGGCAGCUACAGUUAGACGGAUUGAGAGUAUUUUGGCCUCAUUUCUUUGGAAGGGUACUUCUUUGUCCCCUUCUGGUGCUAAGGUUGCGUGGUCUUCUAUUUGCUAUCCAUUGAUGGAGGGUGGCCUGGGGAUUAAGAGGAUCCAAGAUUGGAAUAGGGCGGCUAUUCUUAAACACGUUUGGAGGCUACUUAUUGAUAGAUCUUCUAUAUGGUCUUCUUGGGCCCGUUUGGUUCUCCUCCAUGGUUGGUCCUUUUGGCAUAUCCGAGUUACCUCUGGGGCUUCAUGGGCUUGGAGGAAGAUUUUACUUAGCAGGGUUUGGUGUCAGGGUCUUAUUGUGACUUGUAUUAGAGAUGGUAGGGACACCAUGUUAUGGCGAGAUCACUGGCUUCCGCAUAGUCUUCUAUGUGACUUACUCCCUUUUAGAACCUUAACCUCCACUGGUUUGUUGUGGGAUGCUCGGGUUUCAGACAUUAUUCGGGAUUGUUUGUGGGACUUUCCCUCGGGCAGUGCAAACCUUCAACACAUCUGGGAUUCUAUUACAGUGCAGCCUUCAGCGAGUUAUCCUCCCCGUCUUGUAUGGAAGGGCCAUCCAUCUGGACGUUUCUUUAUUGAUUCAGCUUGGAAUGUGUUACGAGACAAACAGGAUGUGAACUCGAUUCAUCAUCUCUUGUGGUUUCCCGAGCAUAUUCCACAUCCCUCUUUCAUUCUCUGGGUCGCUUCUCUUGGUCAGCUUCACACCAUGGACCGACUCAACUCUCAUGGUGUCAUUACGUCCUCUCGGUGUGAUUUAUGCAGAUCAGCUACAGAGACCCAUGACCAUUUGUUUUUCAGUUAUGAUUUUUCUAGUGAUGUUUGGCGGGAGGUCACUACCAGGAUGCUUUCUACAUGGCCUACUCUCUCCUGGCUCCCUCUACUCCAGUGA